AUGAAUGCCGCCCACCUGCGGGCAAUUUUUGGGAAUUGGUGCACCAGGGGCACGGACCACAUAGUGGUGGAUAUGUAUGCGAAGAAGUUUUACAACGCGUACUUUGCGGAUCCGGUCCAGUACAACUACUUGUUUGUCUCGUUCUUUGCAGUGGGAUGUGCAGCGACUAUGUGCUUGAGGCACCUCAUGCUGAACCCUGACAUCUGUGUCCGACAUGGAGAGUCACGAAGGCACUACAUCGAUAGGUGGCAACAUCAUCUGUACUCUCUGCCGUACUACAACCACUAUCUCAGGAACUUUGCCAUGCGGUUUCAGAACUCGUUCGUUGAUAAUGAGCCAGAUUACCUUGGAGCGCACCCGUGGGGUAUUCGCCCUUCCCGGGGUCUCAACUACGCGCGUUUUCCGUUGAUUCUCAACGCUCCACACAAGUAUUUUGUGGACGAUCCGACAUACGUAGAUACCUUGCACGGGAGCAUGGAGAAGCGCUACGAGGCCUUAGGCUAUUAUCCAGAUCGCGUCAACGCGACCGACAGCGAGGAGUGA